AAGGAAGGCCAAUGCUAUGACUUAUUUGUCGUUUCCCACUCCGAAAACCUUUUAAAAAUUUGGAAACGUGAAGAUGAAACUUUAGCAGACCAUCCACUAUGAUUUGUUAUUAUAUAUAGUAACAUAAGCUUUUUCGAUUCUGCAUGCACUCCAAAGGCCAAACUCAGUUAAACUUAUUGCAACUUGUGUUCUAGUGCUCAUAGUGGUCACUGCUUUCUUUCUACUUCCCAAAACUCAGGGUCUAAUUAGUCAACAAUGAGAAAGUACUGAUUAUAUUCUCUUAGUUGUUGGCAGUGACUAAACCAAUUGGUCUCAGGUUUUCUAAGUUUUAGAUAGUAGACACUAGUAAUAGAUUUCUUCUCUUUCUUAGUCUCUUUUGCUUCAACUAGUUUUUCUUUUCUUUUUCAAUCCCUGAUAGAAAAUUUUUCAGAAUGAAGCAUUCUCACAUUUUACCACUAGCAUCCUGUAUCUUUUUCCUUACUUUAGUUAUUCUCGUCCAAGCUAGGCAUCAUUCUCAUCAUGCAAAACACAAGCACUCACAUCCUCAUAAAUCUUCUAAAACUCCAAAGCCUGCACCACCUCCUAGCCCUCCACAUAAUCAGAACUAUAACAAUGCCUCUGGCAUUUUCGAUUUACGAAAAUUUGGAGCAAUAGGAGAUGGAGAAACAGAUGAUACAGAGUCAUUCAAGAUGGCAUGGGACAGUGCUUGCCAAAGUGAAUCAGCAGUUAAUGUUAUCCUUGUACCCCAAGGUUUCUCCUUUCUUGUUCAGUCCACUAUCUUCACUGGUCCUUGUCAAGGUGUCUUGGAGUUGAAGGUUGAUGGAACUCUUAUGCCACCUGAUGGACCUGAAUCUUGGCCUAAGAACAACAGUAGGCACCAAUGGCUGGUCUUUUACCGAAUCAAUGGAAUGUCACUGGAAGGAAGUGGUUUAAUAGAUGGGAGAGGAGAAAAAUGGUGGGACCUUCCCUGUAAGCCUCACAAGGGACCUCAUGGGACAACACUCCCAGGACCUUGUGAUAGCCCAAUUGCCAUAAGGUUUUUCAUGAGUUCCAACUUGACUGUGCAAGGACUUAGGAUAAAGAACAGUCCCCAGUUCCAUUUCAGAUUUGAUGGCUGCAAAAACGUCCAUAUAGAAUCAAUCUACAUAACAGCUCCAAAACUAAGCCCCAACACUGAUGGAAUUCACAUAGAAAAUACCAAUGACGUGAAAAUAUACAAUUCUGUUAUUUCUAAUGGUGAUGACUGUGUAUCCAUUGGAUCCGGUUGCAAUGAUGUCGAUAUUAAGAACAUUACAUGUGGACCUGGUCAUGGAAUUAGCAUUGGUAGUCUGGGAAAUCACAACUCUCGAGCCUGUGUUUCAAACAUUAUGGUGAGAGACUCCUUCAUAAAAGUGACAGAUAAUGGGGUUAGGAUCAAGACUUGGCAAGGUGGAUCAGGAUCAGUAUCUGGAGUGACAUUCAGCAAUAUCCACAUGGUUAGUGUAAGAAAUCCCAUCAUAAUUGACCAGUUCUACUGCCUCACUAAGGAGUGCACCAACAAGAGCUCUGCAGUAUCUGUUUCAAAUAUUAUUUACACAAACAUAAAGGGCACUUAUGAUAUAAGGAGCCCCCCCAUGCGUUUUGCUUGUAGUGACUCUGUUCCAUGCACCAACUUAACACUCUCGGAUAUUGAGCUUCUUCCUUCUCAAGGAGAUAUAGUGCAUGACCCUUUCUGUUGGAAUGCUUAUGGAGAUUUGGAGACACUAACCAUUCCACCGGUUUCUUGCUUGCUUGAGGGCACUCCUCAGUUAGUGUUAGACUAUGACAUAACUCGUUGCUGACCCACUAGAGCAAACAAUGUGCGCAUGUAUAUAAUUAAUUAUUAGCUAGCUAGGGAAGUGAUUCAUUAGGCCAUUAGGGAAAAUAUAUAGCAUGAUGUUGAAUCUAACUAUGUUAUAUGAUGAUUGUUGAGGAGUUGUGUUUUUUAUACUCCUUCCUAAUUGUAGACUAUAUAUGUUGCGUGAUUAUUCAGGAUAAGAAUUGACGUUUGAAGUACUUAAUUGCUUGAUCCAUUGCUUGUAUCUUAACAGUGAAUGAUGAGCUCAAAGUUGCGACC